ACCUACCUAGGUAAGCAAGGAGGAAGAGGAGUGGCGGUCGCCCAAAGUUUUCCACAUGGGUCGCAAGUCAUGUGACUUGGUGUUAGGUCCCCGCCUUUUACGGGAAUAACAUCUACGGAGGUCGCCACUGGUCGCGUCAACGCGCUUGCCUCCAAACCUCGAAAUCAACAAAUGGUAAGAUCGUCUUACCUAAAUACCUUAGCUCAGCUUUGAUUAGCAAGCCGCUCGAUAGUAUCGAAUACCCACCCAAGUUCAACUUGCCUUCGCGGCGAGCGCUUGAAGCCUCUUUUCCCUCUAUUCCAUCCAAACUCAUAUCUCGGCGUGAAGAGUCUGGUGCGUCUGGAAAGACAAUAAGCGUUUCCAAUGGCGACCCCCGCCACACCAAUAACCAAGCCGAAGCCGAACACGACGCCCGGCAAACGUCUCAUAUCCCAAAAGUCGGUCGACCAGCUAUACAAACCGUUCAAAUGCCCCGGUUCCGCCACGAGAACGCCGGCGACUGACCGCCCGGCCCGCAAAAAGAGAAAGGUCGAUUACAGGGGCGCCGAUGGCAACGAUUCGUCUGACAAACCAUAUACCAAUGCCGAUCGACUAGCUCUUGCCAAUAGAGAUGUCAAUCGGUUUCCCGUAUUCCAGGCGAAGGACAAGGAUAAGGUGUUCAGGAAAGCCUUUGCUGUGCCGCUGAUCAACAAGAAUGUUGCCGGCUACAAUCCCAACCGCCCGCCGCCUACUCUUGGCCUGCGUCAAGGGGCUGCAUUUGUCGCAAAACCAUUGCACGACCCCAGUGGCGAGUUUGCCAUCGUGCUUCAUGAUCCUACUGUUGAUGAUAAGCCAAAAGUUGACGGCAGACCCACUGAGAGUAAUGCGGAGGAACAGUCGACGGCGAAACUAGAUGCCCCUCUAGUACACAAGAGCUUGGCCGAGAUUCUCGGCAUCAAAAAGAAGGUCGAGGGAGAACACCCGAGAGUCCCUGUAGUCAUCGAUCCGAGGCUAGCCAAAGUCCUGCGACCACAUCAGAUUGAGGGUGUCAAAUUUAUGUACAAGUGCGUAACGGGCAUGAUUGACGAGCAGGCCAAUGGCUGUAUUAUGGCCGAUGAGAUGGGUCUGGGAAAGACAUUACAGUGCAUCACACUCUUGUGGACCUUAUUGAAACAAUCACCAGAUGCCGGCAAGACCACAAUUCAGAAAGCCAUUGUGGCCUGUCCUUCUAGUUUGGUCCGCAAUUGGGCUAACGAGUUGACAAAGUGGUUGGGAGCUGAUGCCAUCACUCCUUUCGCUAUUGACGGUAAGGCGACAAAGGAGGAGCUAACCCGACAGCUACGCCAAUGGGCUAUAUCGACUGGUCGCGCCGUGACCCGCCCCGUCAUUAUCGUCUCGUACGAGACGCUUCGCUUGAAUGUUGAAGAGUUGAAAAACACGAAGAUUGGCCUGAUGCUAUGUGAUGAGGGACAUCGACUGAAGAACGGCGAUAGCCAAACGUUCACUGCCCUUAACAGUUUGAAUGUUAGCAGACGUGUCAUUCUUUCUGGCACGCCAAUUCAGAACGAUCUAUCAGAAUACUUUGCCCUCAUUAGCUUCGCCAAUCCUGGACUCCUGGGCUCACGACUAGAGUUCCGAAAGCGAUACGAAAUACCCAUCCUCCGAGGGCGAGAUGCCGAUGCGACAGAGAAAGAACGUCAAAGGGGCGACGAAUGUCUCGUGGAGUUGCUUGGCGUGGUCAACAAGUUCAUCAUUCGGCGGACUAAUGAUAUCUUAUCAAAAUAUCUUCCUGUGAAAUACGAACAUGUUGUAUUCUGCAACUUGGCCGACUUCCAACUUGAUCUUUAUAACUAUUUUAUUAAAAGUCCGGAUAUUCAGGCUUUAUUGCGCGGCAAGGGAAGCCAACCUCUUAAGGCUAUCGGGCUCCUGAAAAAGCUUUGUAACCACCCAGAUCUCCUCAAUCUCGCAGAGGAUCUGCCUGGUAGCCAACAGUACUGGCCGGAAGACUACGUCCCAAAAGACGCCCGGGGUCGCGACCGAGAUAUUAAGCCUUGGUACUCGGGUAAGAUGCAAGUGCUCGAUCGCAUGCUUGCAAGAAUUCGACAGGACACGAACGAUAAGAUUGUGUUGAUCAGCAACUAUACCCAGACCCUCGAUCUGUUCGAGAGGCUCUGCCGCAACCGUGGAUACGGUUCAUUCCGGCUUGACGGUACCAUGGCUGUAGCUAAACGACAAAAGCUAGUCGACAAGUUCAAUGACCCCGAGGGCAGUGAAUUUGUUUUCCUGUUGUCCAGUAAAGCCGGUGGGUGUGGUCUCAAUUUGAUUGGCGCAAACCGUCUAGUCCUCUUUGAUCCAGACUGGAAUCCAGCGGCAGAUCAGCAGGCACUAGCCCGUGUAUGGCGUGAUGGACAAAAGAAAGACUGUUUCGUAUACCGGUUUAUUGCAACGGGCACGAUUGAGGAGAAAAUCUUCCAACGGCAAUCUCAUAAACAGUCACUAUCGAGUUGCGUCGUCGAUUCCGCCGAAGACGUUGAACGUCACUUCUCACUGGACAGUUUGCGCGAGCUGUUCCAGUAUCGCCCCGACACCCGCUCCGACACUCAUGACACCUUUAAGUGCAAACGAUGUAAGGCUGAUGCGGCUCGUCAAUUCAUUAAGGCACCUGCCAUGCUAUAUGGUGAUACCAGUACUUGGAAUCAUUUCGCGAAUGAAGGUCUUUCGUCUAUUCAAGACCUCUUACUUCGACAAGAGUGCAGCGAGAAAGAAGUUUCUGCUGUCUUCCAGUACAUUUCACAUUAAGGCAGACAUUUUGGUUCGCACAUGCAUUUUUGGGGGAUCAUGAGAUUUGAUGAUGGCGUAAUGAGGCAAAUGCGAUAUUUGCUAGAGACAUUGUUAUGUUUAUUUGCUUUUCAAUGGCAUGAGCAUUAGAUAGAGCUACGGUCAAGACUUUUGGACUUAUAUUAGCAUGGCGAAUGGCGAACGGCAGAAUCAUAAAGACAUACAAUUUUG